ACUUUUUGGGAAUGGCUUUAUAAUUGGUUCAAUUGAAAAACCAAAAGAAAAAAAAAAACUUCGGAUUCAUUGUAGAAUGGAAGUGUUUCGAGGCACAGUUCAUUUUUUCCCCUUUUCAACACAGAGCACAUAUUUCAGCAUUAGAGCUCGAGCAAGCUUCAAGGUUCAACAAGAAAAUGACCCUUUCUUCCACGCCGCCAUUGAACGAGCUUCACUUCGUUUCCGGGAGUCUCAAUCUCCAGAUCCUCUCUUUAUUGACCCUUAUGUCGGCUGCCUUCUUCCUUGUAAUAGUCUCGAAGACAUGGAUCAACAGCUGCAUCCAUACUGUCUUGCAACUAAGUUUAUUGAUGACAAGUUGCUUGAAACAAUGCAAUCUACUGAUGGACUGAAACAGGUUGUUUUGUUAACAGAUGGACUGGAUACGCGACCUUACAGGCUCAAUUGGCCAAAAUCAACUUUAGUAUUUGACAUAUGCCCCGACAAAGUAUUUAGAGGAGCACUUCAGAAGCUUCAAGAUGCUGGGGCUAAGAUUCCAAGAGGAUGCAUGUCUUUUCAUGUCCCAUCAGAGUCUUUUGACGUAGAAAAUACACUGUGCAGCAAAGGAUUCAGCGGUACAAGACCAAGUAUUUGGGCUUUUCAGGGAUUGCCUGUCGUGAACUUGGAAAGUUUUAAAGAUAUCUUGUCCACUGUCAGUAAUUUAGCCAUGAAGGGAUGUCUUUUUUUGGGAGAACUUCCUGUCUGUCUGGCUGAAAUGGAUGUUGGAGACCAGGUUGGUGAUCUUUCUGCCAUAAAGAAGUGGCUUGACGAUCUCUUUAUGAGCUAUGGUUUUUGGGUUAAGAUGAUUGAAUAUGAUGAAGUUGCACGAAACCUCAGGCAAGAUUCUGCAAAAAGAGUGUCAGAAGUCAGCACAAGCAUACUUUUUGUUGCAGAGCAUCUACGUUUCUCUGAUGAUCAGAUGGAAACCUGGAGGACAGAAUUUCAGAGAAUAGAGGAAGAAGGGGAUGAAGAAGGCUUUGAGGAGCUUUAAGGAAGUUAUAAAAGUAUAUGUUUCCUUCUACUAGAACUGGCUGUAUUUUGAAUUAACCCGGCAAACUGCAAGCAGUAUAUUACGUGUAGAGAUUCAACUUGCUAUGCCUACAUAGGACUUUGGCGCAUAAGAUAUGCAAGAGUGAGGCGCAAUCUGCAUAAAGGAAGUUAUAUAUACAUGCUUCAUACCUUCCAUGUACACCUUAGACCAUUUUUGGAAAUUGGUGUAUGAACUAUUAGCAUUUGUGGCAAUGUAACAGCAAAUUUCUUUGUG